CUCUGGAAGCCCAGCAUUUGCUUUUCCCAAUCCACUCGGCGGCUCGUCUCCACGCCCACCUGACUGGACCCGGAAGCCUGAAGAAGUUAGCUGGGGAUUUCAGCGAUAGGGGACCCUCCCAAAACCAAGAGCUGUAUUGCCUGGGGAAGCCGCGCCCAUGUGUCCGAGGCAGCGCAGGGGCCCUCGCCCACCCCUCCUAGAAGGCACUUGCAGGUGGGUGUGUGGAAGCCUUCCAAAGACUCCCGGACGUAUGCGUGGGUUUCACUUCGUCCCAUAGCUUCGGAAAGAGCGAACCAGCCUCUCUGUAUUUUUAGCAGGCGGAGCAGAAUUUGAAACAGCAUCCUACCGGUCCUGCGCCUGGUGAAUGAUGACUCGCCAGAAAGCAGAGACGCAACCCUGCCUCCCUGAGCUUGGCGUGUGGCCCAGGAGGCUCCGUGAGCCUGCGUGCGUAAGGAUCGUGGCGCCCACGCUUGAGAGCAGAGCUCAGUGCAAACUUCCAAUGGUUCUUCCAGUUUCCAGGGAAACGAGAUUUGGAUCUGCUGCGUGUUGCAGAGCUACCCCUCUCCUCCCCAGAGGGAGCCCCGCGAAUGGCUCGGUUUGGGGAGGAAGGGAUUGAGGACACCUACUCCAUGAAGGGUGAGCUCUGAUCUUAAGGUGGAAGAAUUGAGCAGGGCUAUGGGGAUUUCUUCUACCAUCAGAGGAUUCAGGAAGCAGCUCUGUUCUGGGUUGCUUCUCCUCUAGAUGGGCACUGCCACUCCUCUAACAUUUCUUUAACUCACAACAAGGCCCUUGUACAUGAUGUUCCCACUCCUAGGGUAUAUUCAUACUCCAUGAUAAUCCUCACCUGACAUUGCUUCCUCAUUUCUCAGAAUUUAUUGUAAUGUUUCUUAAUUGUCUCAGUUUUGUCUGAAGCCUAUCUGAUCCAGUGCUAUACUGAAAGCUUUCAAGAACUUUCUUUUAUUCACUUCUCACAACAAGCGGUGAGGUAAGUCCCCUGUGAUCCCCAGACAGGCUUUCCAUGAGUAAAUCAGUGACUGCUGGAAUUGGGACCCAAACCCGGCUCUGUGCACAGGCUGUGCUCCUCCAGCUGCCUUCCGAACUCCAGCCCCUGCAGAGGAUUCCCCAUAGUACAGGAUUUCCCUGUAGUACAACUAUGUGUUCCCUACCAGGUGGGGCUAGAAAUGGCAGGGUAAGGGCAGUUCCACCUGCUUCUUGGGAUGGCUGUUUGUGCAUGUGUCUGUGAUGCAGUAAAUGUUGAUCUGGUUUUCCUGAAGCAUAGGGCCAGGAGCCUGCAUACAGGUGUCUCUUCAGUGUUGGGAAUAAGGGAAGUUGCUCAGAGAGACUAACGAGGCAGAAGUAGGGGAGAGGGGAACUCCACUGAGAAGAAUCUUUAAACUCAACCAAUUCAACUUUAUUCUGAGGGCAGGGGGACCACAAGAUUGCAGGGGAGCAUCCUGGUGUGUAUUGAGAAGGAGCUCUACUGGAAUUUGGGAGAGCUAAAGGAACUCCCUCCCUCCUUACCUGGACCACUUACAAUCUUUCUGCCCAACUUGAGUCAGCAGAGAGUGGGAGGGGCAAUCUGUGGUCCCAGGACAGCUAAACCAAGAGUGACAUUGAAACUAACCCAUGUAGGAUUUUGGAGCACAUUGAAUUGCUUUAUGUCAGAAUUCUUUCACCAAGGAAGAGCUCACCAUGCUCUACUAUGAGCCCUCUUCAACCUCCACUUCCAGAGUCUGCUUAACUUCCCAUACAUGCCAAGGAGGGGACCCAGGGUAGCUGUAGUCUAGUCAAGUGACCUGGUGGACUCAGAGGCAAGAAGGAGAGCAACUCCUGAAAAAACGAAACAAAACAACAAAACAAAGCACCAGAGAGGAAUCACAACAUCAUCAGCUACUGAGCAAGUUCCCACAGAGCCUGGGCAGGUCUGGCAGCCCCCUCCUGGGGCAUUAUCACUGUCCUACACUGAAAACAAGGAAGAAGCGCUAAUCCCAGAAACGACACAGCAGAAAUACAACAGCAAUUAUGUAUUAAGGAAUAUUUUACUAUCACCUUUGAGUCUUAUUUUAAUAUUUACAUAAUUACUAACAUUUAAAACUGCACCUACUAAAAUAUUGAUUCAAUUAAUUGAGCUCAUUUUUUUUCUACUCCACCACUUGUGUUGUUCAAAUUUCUAAAGGCCUUUUAAUAAAAAAAAAAAAAAAAACUUGGACCCAGAUAUUGGGGUAAAUGCUGAAAGAUCAGAGAGACAAAGGAGCAAGCCACUGAUGUGUCUUACCUGUAGAACUUCUCAGCCUGAAAAGCCUUUAGUUCCUGUCUCCUCACACCUUGUAUACCUUUCUCCUCCUAGCCAUUAAAGGCAUGUGUGCUUCCCAAGCACUGGGAUUAAAGGUGUGUGCCACCAGUGCCUGGCUCUUUUUCUCUCCUAGACUGAGUCAAUCUCAUGUAGUCCAGGGUGGCUUUGAACUCACAGAGAUCCAGAUGGAUCUCUGCCUCCUGAGUGCUAGGAUUAAAGGUGUGUGUGACCACUGCCUGGCAUCUAUGUUUAAUUUAGUGGCUUGUUCUGUCCUCUGUUCUUCAGGCAAAUUUUAUUAGGGUACAACAAAAUAUCACCAUUUUUGUUCUUUAUUUUAUAACCUAUGUCUUAGUCCACCUUCUUUUAUCAUAAUGGAAUAACAUAACAUUUACAAAGAACAAAGGUUUAAUUAGUACACAGUUCCAGAGGAACUUGCAACUGUGAAGUCCUUGUGCUGUACUGGUGUGUGGUAUCCCAUGGCAAGACAGAGCAACCAAAGAAUUCCUUCCAUGACAAAGCUACUCAACUAAUUACAUCCCAAAGGUCCCACCAAACCUCAUGAAUAUAUAACUUUGUAUUUUUAGCUCAUAAAUUCUGAGGACAAAAAGCACACAUCAUACUGGCCAAGUAGCUGUCAUUUUCAUUGUUAAUCUUACCCCCAUUUUUCCAGGAAUAGCCACGAUUAACCUGUUACUUCAGAUGAGCAGUACAGGCAUCUCUGUGCAAAAUACCCAGUGAGUCUUCUAAAGAACUCAUGAAACCAUGGCCAUGAGUUCUCAGAGAUGGACGUAACCGUGUUUAUUAUAUUAAAAGCUUGUGUUUUAUAGAAUAUAAUCACAGAAAAUACUAAAUAUACAUGUGACAUCUUCAUGACAUUUAAGUAAGCAUUUAUCUAGCUUCAUCCAGGAUACAAGACUGAAGUACUGAAAUACAAGACUGAGGAUGCAGCUCAGAGCCUGACAGCCCACCAGACCCUUUAUCCUGUGUUUGCUUAGAUAUCUGUUAGGAGGAAUACACUCCUAACCACUGUAGUUGACUUGGCCUGGUUUUGUUUUCGCUUUAUCAUUUGUUUUACUUUGUACAGUGAACCACAGGGCAUGAUUCUCCAUGUCUGACUUCUUUGUUCCAUAUAUAUUUGUGAAGUGUGUCCAUAAUGCAUCACAGCUAUAACUAACUCAUUGAUGGUUAUGAAGCCCUAUAGCUUACCCAGUUCACUGUGGUAAACAUCAUAUUAUUGCUAGUUUGGGAUAUUGUGUCCUGAAUCAUUGAGACAUACAGUUGAGUAGCCUGAGAAUGGAAUUGCUGGGUUGUGAGUAAUACCAUCUUUACUUUUUUGUCCUUUUGGCACUCAGGUGUAAUUUAUGUACAAAUUAGAACCACUGGUUUUAACUGUACAAUUCCAUGAGUUUGGACAAUUUAUACAAGUGACCAAAUAAUGACUCAGUACUGUUCCAGCUUCUGCAAAAGUUAGCCUUCUCAACUUUUCUCCCACUCUAGGUCCAUGCACUAUAGUUUGUUGGGGUUUUUUGUUUGUUUGUUUGAUUGUGGGGGUUUUUUUUGUAUUUUUUUUUGAGACAAGGUUUCUCUGUGUAGCCUUGGCUUCCUGGAACUCACUCUGUAGACCAGGCUGGCCUCAAACUCACCAAGAUCUGCCUGCUUCUGCCUCCUAAGUGCUGGGAUUAAAGGUGUGCACUAGCAAUGCACUAUAGUUUUUAUUACAGCAUUUUGUAUACAUGGACUCAUGCAGUGGGCAAUCUUUUCUGGUUUCAGUGCCUUUCAGAUUUGUCCAUACUCUUGCAUGAAUCGAUGGAUUGUUUGCUCUUAUCUUUAAAUAGAAUUCUACUAAAAAAGUGUUUAUCUAUUCACAACAUGAUGGGGUGAAUUUAUUCACAACCCUGAAGGGGUGACUGAGAUACUCUUCAAAAGUGGUAUUAUGCAGGUUGAAGUCAUUGUGGGUGCAAUUCCACCUCCUUAGGUGUGUAAUAGGCAUGGUAUUGUUGGGCUCCAUCACACAUUUAUUUUUAUCUUUAAAGAAACCCAAAGAUUAUUUACCAGAAUAACUUUACGUUCCCCCAUGCCAUGUGUGUACAUUCCAAGAAUCUGCAUUCCUAGCAACCCAAGAUAAUGUUAGCUUCCCUAGUAUAUUGUACAGUCUGGCAUCCAUGGAUGGCGUCUCACUGUGACUUUAGUUUGUAUUUAGUUUGUAUGAAUGCGAUCGACCCUUUCACUUAUCUUCCUCAGUAAAGCAUUUUUUGAAAAAUCUUUUGUUAGCUUUUUAAAAUUAGGUUGUCUCUCUAUAUUAUUAUUAUCAUAAGUGAACAGAAAUCAUGACUGGAAACAUGGCAUGCUUUGGCCCUUUGGCUUCUCCUGUAAUAACCUAAGUAUAUAUUAUACUUCAUUCAGUCUGAUCCCCUGAGAACCCCAUCAGCUACUCAAUCUGUGAGUCCAGCAAAACAACCAUAAUUUUUCCCAGUGUAGGUCUAGACUUGUGCCACAGAAGGGCCUUGUAGUCUCAUAUUCAUGGCUCCAGAAAAGCAACUCACCUAAAACCUCCUUCCUUCCUUCCUUCCUUCCUUCCUUCCUUCCUUCCUUCCUUCCUUCCUUUUUUUUAUAGAAAAAAAAUCAUGUUUGAAGUGUAUACUAGGCAGCAUGCCUCUAACAAAGACCUGCAUUGUAGUGGUUCUGGACAUACUAUUGUGGGAUUUGGGACUCAGCUUCUUGCUUGCCUGAAACAGGUAGGGAGUCUGAAUCAGAAGAGUCAAGCCAAGAAACAUCAAUCAUCCUGAAGGAGUCUUCAGAGUUGAAGUCUCGGUGAAGCUGGCCAUGCCCAGGGGAACUGAGACUGCUGAACUGAGAAGAGAGAGGACAGGCUGCUUCUGUGGUAUGAGUCAGCGGCCUCUCCUGGGCUCCCUAAUCAUCACUAAGAAAGACUUUGCUGACAACAGUGUUUGCAGAUCCAUGUGUACCUGGGAGUGGUGAAAGCCCUGGGCACAGCAGCAGGGGCACCAUGAGCCUCAGUGAGGAACAGGUACGCACCUUCUUAGAUGGGAACCCCACUUUUGCCCACCAAUAUUUUGGGAAGAAGCUGAGCCCUGAAAAUGUGGCAGGGGCCUGCGGAGAUGGUUGGCUGGCAGACUGUGGCAGCCUGCGAGAGCUGUGCCAGGUGGAAGAGAGUGCAGCACUGUUUGAACUGGUACAGGACAUGCAAGAGAGUGUCAAUAUGGAACGUGUGGUCUUCAAGGUCCUGCGGCGCCUCUGCACCAUCCUGCAUGCAGACCGCUGCAGCCUCUUCAUGUACCGCCAGCGCAAUGGCAUAGCGGAACUGGCCACACGGCUCUUCAGCGUGCAGCCAGAUAGCCUCCUGGAGGACUGCCUGGUGCCCCCUGACUCUGAGAUCGUAUUCCCACUGGACAUUGGGAUUGUGGGCCAUGUGGCUCAGACCAAGAAGAUGGUGAACGUGCAGGAUGUGUCAGAGUGUCCCCACUUCAGCUCCUUCGCUGACGAGCUCACUGACUAUGUGACAAGGAACAUUCUGUCCACACCAAUCAUGAAUGGCAAAGAUGUCGUGGCUGUGAUCAUGGCAGUGAAUAAGCUGGAUGCCCCAUGCUUCACAAGUGAAGAUGAAGAUGUUUUCACAAAGUACCUGAAUUUUGCUACAUUAAACCUGAAGAUCUAUCACCUAAGCUACCUCCACAACUGUGAGACACGCAGAGGCCAGGUGCUUCUCUGGUCGGCCAAUAAGGUAUUUGAAGAGCUGACAGACAUCGAAAGGCAGUUCCACAAGGCAUUCUACACUGUUCGGGCCUAUCUAAACUGUGACCGGUACUCAGUGGGCCUCCUGGACAUGACCAAGGAGAAGGAAUUCUUUGAUGUAUGGCCUGUGCUGAUGGGGGAAGCCCAGCCAUACUCAGGCCCACGAACACCUGAUGGCCGGGAAAUUGUCUUCUACAAAGUCAUUGAUUAUAUCCUCCAUGGCAAGGAAGACAUCAAAGUCAUUCCCACACCUCCAGCUGACCACUGGGCCCUGGCCAGUGGCCUCCCAACCUAUGUAGCAGAAAGUGGCUUUAUCUGUAACAUCAUGAAUGCUUCAGCUGAUGAAAUGUUCCAGUUUCAGGAGGGGCCCCUGGAUGAUUCUGGGUGGGUGAUCAAGAACGUUCUCUCCAUGCCCAUUGUUAACAAGAAAGAGGAGAUUGUGGGGGUGGCAACCUUCUACAACAGGAAAGACGGGAAGCCCUUCGAUGAUCAAGAUGAAGUUCUCAUGGAGUCCCUGACACAGUUCCUGGGAUGGUCAGUGCUGAAUACCGACACCUAUGACAAGAUGAACAAGCUGGAGAACCGUAAGGACAUCGCCCAGGACAUGGUUCUGUACCAUGUGAGAUGCGACAAAGAUGAAAUCCAGGCAAUCUUGCCAACAAGGGAUCGCCUGGGGAAAGAGCCCGCUGACUGUGAGGAGGAUGAGCUGGGGAAAAUCUUGAAGGAAGAACUUCCAGGGCCUACCAAGUUUGACAUCUACGAGUUCCACUUCUCUGAUCUGGAGUGUACAGAGCUGGAGCUAGUCAAAUGUGGAAUCCAGAUGUACUAUGAGCUGGGUGUAGUCCGAAAGUUCCAGAUUCCCCAGGAGGUCCUGGUGCGGUUCUUGUUCUCUGUCAGCAAAGCCUAUCGAAGAAUCACCUACCACAACUGGCGCCAUGGUUUCAAUGUAGCCCAGACCAUGUUUACGCUACUAAUGACAGGCAAACUGAAGAGCUACUACACAGACCUGGAGGCCUUUGCCAUGGUUACAGCUGGCCUGUGCCACGACAUCGACCACCGUGGCACCAACAACCUGUACCAGAUGAAAUCCCAGAAUCCUCUAGCCAAGUUACAUGGCUCCUCAAUUCUAGAACGGCACCACCUGGAAUUUGGGAAGUUUCUGUUGGCAGAGGAGAGCCUGAACAUCUACCAGAACCUGAACCGGCGGCAACAUGAACAUGUGAUCCACCUCAUGGACAUUGCCAUCAUUGCCACUGACCUGGCCCUCUACUUCAAGAAGAGAACAAUGUUCCAGAAGAUUGUGGAUGAGUCUAAGAACUACGAAGACAAAAAAAGUUGGAUUGAGUACUUAUCCCUAGAGACAACACGAAAAGAGAUAGUCAUGGCCAUGAUGAUGACUGCAUGUGACCUGUCUGCUAUAACCAAGCCCUGGGAAGUCCAGAGCAAGGUUGCUCUUCUUGUGGCUGCUGAGUUCUGGGAACAAGGAGACUUGGAGAGGACUGUCUUGGAUCAACAGCCCAUUCCCAUGAUGGACCGGAACAAAGCAGCUGAGCUCCCCAAGCUGCAAGUUGGCUUCAUCGACUUUGUAUGUACUUUCGUGUACAAGGAAUUUUCUCGUUUUCAUGAAGAGAUCCUGCCCAUGUUUGACCGACUGCAAAAUAACCGAAAGGAGUGGAAAGCGUUAGCUGAUGAGUAUGAGGCCAAAGUCAAGGCCCUGGAGGAAGAAAAGAAGAAGGAAGAAGACAGAAUAGCAGCCAAGAAAGUGGGCACAGAAAUUUGCAAUGGUGGUCCCGCACCCAAGUCUUCAACCUGCUGUAUCCUGUAAAACUAUGUAGUGGCUUCUGGCCCCUCCUGCCACUCACUGGAGAUGGACUCUGCCUAUAACAGUUUGGUGUAAGACAUUAGGAAGCAGAAAAAAAAAGAUCAAAUAUAACUUUGAAUAUUUUGAAAUUUUAAAGUUGUUUUGUUUUUUCAAAUUAAAGCCAACUAUGACUGUUAAAUAGCGUAGCCCAUAUUUAUCUGGUUUGAUAAAGUUCCCACAAAGGUCUUUACAAAGGAUUUGUGAAUUGUAUCUGAAAUCAGAGCUCUACUCUUGUACAUAUGUGUAUAUAGGUAUUCAGUUCCAUCUGCUUAAGUAAAAUCAUGCCCAGGGAGUCAGAAUAAAAUAAUAACUUGCCAGUUU